UUAUGUGGCGUUUGAACCCGUUCGCGGGAGUUGAUCAGGAAGUGACGCUGUACCGUGGCGUGAGCGGCGGAGUCUGAAGUGUUUACAGUGUUGUUUGGAUUUUAAAGUGUUUUAAUCAUUAUUUCAUGAUGGAUUCGGUUUCGGGCACCAGUGCAGCUGUCGCAGAUAAGAGGGUGAAUCAGAUGCAGAUCUGCAGAGCCGAGUACAGAGCGAUCGGGAGAUUCGUGGAGCAGCUGCGACCCACGAGACAGAGCAUGAAGACACUGCAGACUCAGUUCCCUCAUCUUCCUCCGUCCACUCUUCUGAGCAUCUUCUCCCAGGAGUACCAGAAAAGGAUGAAGCGCAGCAUGCCGAGGCAUCACGCUCCUGACGUGAUCAAAGCAUAUUAUCAGAGGUACCGCAGCGAAGCCAAGACUCGUCCUUCAGCCCCGCUGCUGCUGGAGCUCGCCCACCAGGUGGACCUGUCUCCGGCUCUCCUGGCCCGUCUGAUGGUGGAGUGUUUCCUGGAAGAGCGUCAGGCUUCAGUCGCAGCUUCCAGACAUGUCCUCAACAACAUGCUGCGUGAGCCAUAUUUAAUUCCAGACCUACUGUUAGCGAAGCACGUCGAACAGUGCACAGUAAAUGACUGCUGUUAUGGACCGCUGGUCGACUGCAUCAAACAUGCCAUCGGUCUGGAGCACGAGGACCUGCUGCGAGACAAGCUCAGAGAGACCAACCUGUCCUUCUUAGAUGAGAACCAGCUCCGUGCCAAAGGCUAUGACAAAACCCCGGACAUCAUUCUGGAGGUGCCCAUCGCUGUCGAUGGUCAUAUAGUUCACUGGAUUGAGAGCAAAGCUUCAUUUGGAGACGACCACAGCCAUCACACAUACCUAAAUGAGCAGUUCUGGAGCUACUGCAACAGAUUAUGAAAUGCCUGCUGACAGUGCACUUUAUCUAUGGAUUUACACAGAACUAAUGAUAUAUAAACAAUUGGUUAUUUUAGCCUACAUGACUAAUGAUGAGCAUUUAGACAACAGAUUUUUACUUUUAUCUUCAACAUGCGCUCAUUCAUGGCUUUAUAUGAUUUAAUUCAGGCAAAGUUAUGUCUAUAUUAGGACAUGACUCGAGGGAUUAUCUUACAUGACUCAUUCAUCUUUAUUUCUUAGAGCCAAGCUGCAUAAACUACACAUCAGGCAUAUAUGUACCACAUCUUAUUUGUGCAUUAAUGGCUUUUAAGUUAAAUAAAGUUUACUAACCGCAGCAAAUCAAGUAAGUAUACUUUACUUUUGAAACCGAUAUUACAAAACCAAUAUCCGAUUAUGUUAAAAUGCUUAAAUAUUGGGAAAAAUAUUGGUAAAUUGAUAUAUAUCUGUCGAUCUCUAGUAAAUAAAUGUCACUGAUCUUAACAUGUUUCAAACACUGGAACUCUUUCCGUGAAAGCAUUGUGUUUGUUUGUGAGAUAUAGAGCACU